AUGGCCUCGAGAUCGGGUGUCGGCGGUGGAGGGGCGGACGGGGGCGUCGGGGAUGGACCGACGAUGCUGGAUGAGCUGUACCACAUCAACGUCGUGCCGGCCGAGCUGCACUUCAAGUUUCGCAAGGAGCUCCAGGGCCUCCGCAUCGGCGUCAACUUCGAGUUCUACAAUCUAGAGGUGAAUGAUUUUGAGGCAAAGGUAGUUCUGAAGCCCCUGGACUUCGACCGGAAGUGGCAGUUCCAGUACAAGCCCAUCAGCGGUGACAUACAACUGCUUUCCAAGAAGUUUGCAGUUACAAAGUACGUGAACCUUCAGGGUCAGAUGAUCUGCAGGCAGUUUAUCCUGUAA